AGUUACGUGAAAAUAAUUUUGGGUUAAAUAAUAAUAUGGCUGGAACUGCAAAACUUGCAACUGGAUUAACUGGCCUUGCUGUGGCCAAAAAUCCUCAUCAUACAUUAGGUAUAUUAUACAGUAAAAUUUUAAGGACUUUACAAAAAAUGCCAGAGGAUGCCGCCUACAGAAAAUACACAGCGGACAUAAUAAAUGAAAGAUCGAAAAUUUUGAAGUCCACUACUGAUGUUGUGUCUAUUGAAAGACAAAUAGGAUGUGGACAAAUUGAAGAGGUAAUUGUACAAGCUGAAAAUGAAUUAAUACUUGCCAGGAAAAUGUUGAACUGGAAGCCUUGGGAACCUUUAGUAAAAGAAGCUCCUCCAACUCAAUGGACUUGGCCACCAGCCCAACCUCGGAGUUAAUUUGUUAAAUAUGUAAAAAAAUAGAAAUCUAGCGCCUUUGUAAAUAUUUAGAAUAAAUAUUAAAAUCU